AUGAGCACUGUCAAGGCUCCUGUCUGGGAGACCCAGCAUGAAGGGCCCGAAGGGACUGGACACAUGCCAGGAGUAGAAGCAAGGGGUCCUCCCCAGGAGUGCUCCCUGGAUCCUCCUUCCAAGGCUAAGGUUGAGCCCUUUGAAUUCCAAGCACAAGCACAUCCAUAUGUGUCUCCUGUGCAGAAAGGGACCCUUACUGCACCUGCCAGUGAGGGUGACCAAAGGCUGGUCCAGAUACCAGAGCCUGAAGUCAAAAUGAGGAAAGCUAGUUUGAUUGACCAGAGAAUGGACAGAUGGAGACGGCGGACUCUACCCCAUGAUGUGAAAUUUGAUGCAUUUGGUUUCCUCACCCCAAAGAACUUGUCGAAGGUGGAGGAGAGACAGACUGAUUAUUUGACUCACACACCUGGUGCCUUAAAAAAACCUCAGCUAUCCCCCAAUAGGGUAGAGAUCCAGGAGGUGAACCCAGGUGCUUUACAGGACCAGACUGUCUCAGUGGUAAAGCAAGGGUCACCUGUGGAACCCAAGGCAACAUUUUUUGCAGUAACCUAUCAGAUUCCUGAUAUUCAAAAGGCAAAGGGUGUUGUUAUGUCAGGGCUUGACAACUUGCUGGAACAUUCUAGAAAAAUCACUCCACCUUCCUCUCCUCAUUCUUUCACAUCAACUUUGGUUUCUCUUAACCAUGAAGAGCCACUGGAGGCAGUGGGCAGUAAAAACUGGACUAAGGGAAGAGUGCAUGAAAAUGUAAGUGUUUCAAAAAUUCUGAAGCCGACAGAGCGCCCAUCAUCUGUUGGGGACAAGAUUCUGGAAACUUCUAGGGAAAAAGUCAUCAACGUGGAUGCUUUAUGGCAUCAUCCAGGAUCUGAAGAUGGCACUGGUUUUCAGAACAAUUGGAAGGAUACUGGAAGCAGGAUGUCCCCUAGCAACACUGCUCCGAAAACUACCCCGACUUUGAAGAAUCGUCCAAAGGAUCUCGUUAGAAGGAGGACAGAAGUGAUCAGUGAGACAUUCCCAGGCAAGAUCAAAGAUGGCUACAGAUUGAGUGUGCUGGACAUUGACGCGCUGAUGGCUGAGUACCAGGAGCUGUCUAACAAAGUCCCUGGCGAGGCUCAGGAGUGGAAGGAGAGCCGGACUUUGGUGCCCAGCAGCUCGCCUUGGGAGAGGCCAGGUAGGGUGGGACAGAGGAGGAGGAGCCUGAAGGACACCUCCGAAGCAGAGGGUCUCCGGAAACAAGCUGCUCCAGAAACAAAGCACAGCUCUCCUAGUUCAGGCAGGCAGCCGGCAGAGACCCUAGGGGCAGUCACGAACACCAAAGCCAGCUCUCCUUUGUGGGCUCUGCCACAGGGGACUCCUUCUGAGAGGUAUUCAGGGGUCUCUUCUGUCUCUGAAGGCUCCAGGAAAAAAGGCUUAGGAAUUACAGAGGAAGACAACAAUGCCUUUGCCAGUAAACAUCACAAUGCAAAGUGUCCAAACGACCCAGCUGAGUUGAAGAAGCCCUUUGGUCGGGAGGAUCUGGGAGGGAGGGUCAGAGUGUCACCCAAAUCACCCCCUGCUGACUGGAAGAAAGGGAGCCUGAGGAAAUCUGCUGAGUGGGGAGAGGAAGACAUUGUGGCCCAGUGGGGAGACCACCCACGUGACUGUGGCAGGUCGCCCAUGGAUGUCAAGAGGGCCUAUUCAGAGAAGGGGCCCCCUGCCAUGAUUCGAGAUGGUCUGUCCAUCAUGCAUGAAGCCAGAGAGAGGAGGAGAGAGCAGCCCGAAGAGAGACACAGCCUCCCGGGGCAGAGUUCAAAAGCCAAACUGGGGCCCUCCUGUUGGGAGUCAGGGAUUCCAGAUGGUCACAAGGACCAGCUGAAGCAGUGUUUCUCCAGACGAACCCCGCAGGCCAAGGACACAGACACCCUCGUGCAUGAAGCCGACAGCCAGUAUGGGACAUGGACAGACCAGCGCCAGAGCAGGGAGAGCUCAGCCCCGGGGUCCCCAGACAGCAGUGUCACAUCGACACAGAAACAGCCCCCCAGUAGCCGCUUGUCUUCUCUGUCCUCCCAAACGGAGCCCACCUCAGCUGGCGACCAGUACGAAUACUCCAGGGACCAGCAGAGCACUAGUGUGGACCGUUCCAGCACUGACCUGGAAUCUACCGAUGGAACAGAGGGGCCACUCCCACUGGACUCCUGCCCCGCAAAGAGAGUGGAUGACUUCUCCUUCAUUGAUCUCACCAUGGCCAAACAGUUGCAGGCCCCAAGACUCAAUGGGAUCGACCACAAUCCCUGGGUGGAAUUUGUCAAACUGUCCAGUGAACCUGGCGUUGUGAACUUGGGGCAGGGAUUCCCUGACUUUGCACCCCCAAAAUACGCUUUGGAAGCCUUUCCAUGUGCUGUCAGUGGGGACUUCAUGCUCAACCAGUACACCAAGGCAUUUAGUUACCCACCACUGACAAAGAUCCUGGCAAGUUUCUUUGGGAAGCUGCUGGGCCAGGAGGUGGACCCACACAAGAAGGUGCUGGUGACUGUGGGAGCCUAUGGGGCCCUGUUCACAUCCUUCCUGGCCCUGGUGGAUGACGGCGAUGAGGUCAUCAUCAUCAAACCCUCUUUCGACUGUUAUGAGCCCAUGACAUUGAUGGCAGGGGGUCGCCCUGUGUUUGUGUCCCUGAAGCCGAGUCCCAUCCAGGAUGGGGAACUGGAUUCCAGCAGCAACGGGAAGCUGGACCCCACGGAGCUGGCCAGCAAAUUCAGCCCUCACACCAAAGCCCUGUCCCUCAACACACCCAUUAACCCGCUGGGAAAGGUGUUAUCCAGGGAGGAGCUGGAGCUGGUGGCCAUCCUGUGCCAGCAGCAUGGUGUGGUGUGCAUCACUGAUGAAGUCUACCAGUGGCUGGUUUAUGACGGCCACAAGCACGUCAGCAUUGCCAGCUUCCCUGGCAUGUGGGAACGGACCUUGACCAUCGGCAGUGCUGGCAAGACCUUUAGUGUCACUGGCUGGAAGGUGGGCUGGGUCUGGGUCCUGGGUCCAGAUAACAUCAUGAAGCACUUGCAGACCAUACACCAAAACUCUAUCUUCCACUGCCCCACGUAGGGCCAGGUUGCAGUAGCCUGGAGCUUUGAGCGGGAGCAGGCGCACUUCGGCCAACCCAAUAGCUACAUUGUGGAGCUCCCACAGGCCAUGCUGCGCAGGCGUGACCACAUGAUCUGCAGCCUGCAGUCAGUGGGCCUGAAGCCCGUGAUCCCCCAGGGCAGCUACUUCCUCAUCACAGACAUCUCAAACUUCAAGAGAAGGAUGCCUGACUUGCCUGGCACGGCAGAUAAGCCCUACGACAGCCACUUCGUCAAGUGGAUGAUCAAGAACAAGGGCUUGGAGUCCAAACCUGUGUCCAUCUUCUACGGCGAGCCUCAUCGGAAACUCUUUGAGCACUAUAUCUGCUUCUGUUUUGUGAAGGAUGAAUCUAUGCUCCAGGUCAUGGAUGAGAAGCUGCAGAAGCGGAAGGCUGAACUCAAGCCCUGAUGCCACCUCCUGGGCCCUGACCCUUCUAGUCCCUACACACUCUUGUCUCUUUCUAGGUCAGGGGAAGAUGGUGCCAGGAGAUUCCUUCUCUGUGACACAGAGUGUUCCCAGGGAAGAGCCCCCUCCUUGGACUUGGGGAAGUCAGGUGUCCCCUCCCCACAGUGCCUAUACUCCUGUCCCCAAGGUGAGGAGACCUGACCUGACCUCUUCCUGCCCCUAUGUGGGGUCAAGUCACAGUGCCUUGGGUUGCUUCUGGUCUUCCCAGUGUGGCUGGACUGACAGGGCAGAGUCCCUCAGUGUGCCCAGCCUCAUGUUGCCAGCCCUGCAUGCCCUAGCUAAGGCUCAGGCAUAACCUCUGCCUGUCCUAUCUGAUCUUGACCUUGGGAAGUUGCUUUUAGUCUUGAUUCCUCAAGCCACUCAUUUCUACCCAUAAUAAAAUUUUAAGUUACUUAAACAUUAAAAAAAAAAAAUACUUCUAGAUACAAAAGUCCAAAUCUUCAAAGGUAUAUGUAAUUUUCAUUGUGACUCAAAAUCAAUAAGCCUUUUAUAGCUUAACAAUGAUACAGAAAGUACAUCCAAAGAAGCUGGAAAGAUGUAUGUAGUCCCCUUGGAGAUGUGAAAUCUGUCCCAAGAUAGCCUGAGAAAGUAACGGCUCUCAUUGUUAACCAGGCAAGGAAGGUGGAGACAAUUAAAGUCCCCUGGGAGCUGGCAAGUGACAAGAGAGACUGUGUGUCUCUGAUUCCUACCCUAUUUUCCCGAAAAUGAGUGUGCUCCCAAAGAUGUGCUAGGUCUUAUUUUCAGGGGACGUCUUAUCUUUCCUGUAAGUAGGUCUUAUUUUCAGAGGAUGUCUUAUUUUCGGGGAAGCGGGGUAGCAGGUUGGCCAGUGGCACGAUGCCGCAAGCCUGUCAACAUGUGACCCCUGGCUAGCAGAGACCAAAAGGAAUAUUUUCAAUGGUCACAAAACCAAGCUCUUGAGACCCAAAGCAAGCUGGAAGAAGAAUCUUAUGAUUUUCCUCCUUAAACCACAAGAAAGACAGAGGCAAGGAAACCAUGCACUAUUACUGGGAGGCUGUGGAUCACCAGCCAAUGUGCGCCCAGAACCAAAUUCACAAGUGCGAUAUUAAGUAAUUCAAACUUUAAGCUGUUGGAACUUCCAGUUAUUCCGAGCCUUGAGAGGAAUGUGGCUGUGUAGCUUGAGUCACAAUGUAUGCAUCACGACUUCUGCUUUUUCUUAUAAAUGAUUAGAAAUGACAGAGUGGUGCCCAAGAUAAGAUCCCCUCAGAACAUUACUCUUAUUAAUGGAAUGUUAAAGCAGUUUUCCUUGGAAUGUAACAAAUGUACAAAUCAAAUUGCUGUAACUUCUGGCCUUCUAUGGAAACCAUUGUAAACCUGCUAGAACUUUCCAAACUCCCACUUUGGAUCACUAUGCUAUCUCUUUGGGGUCUAUACGUAUUUCUCAGGUGGUUACUUCAAACUUUGCACUUGAAUACACUCUAUAUUUAAUAAUAUUUUCUGAAUCUCAUUAUUUAAAGUUGACAAAAAGAUCAUAAUUCAAAGAAACAAUUCCCCAGGAGAAAAUACAUGACAACUAAAUACCUUAAUUUUCCGGUUUCAGAAGUUUGUCGUGAAUUUAUUUAUUUAUUUAUUAUUAUUAUUAUUUUUGUACAGACAGAGUCUCACUUUAUGGUCCUCAGUAGAGUGCCGUGGCCUCACACAGCUCACAGCAACCUCCAACUCCUGGGCUUAAGUGAUUCUCUUGACUCAGCCUCCCAAGUAGCUGGGACUACAGGCGCCCGCCACAACGCCCGGCUAUUUUUUGGUUGCAGUUUGGCCGGGGCCGGGUU